AUGUCAACUGUUGAGGAGUUAAAGUUCAUUUGGAAUUUUUUAUUUUCGAAUAUUACUUCAGAAAAAAAAGUAGAAGAAAUAGAGGAAGAAAAAAAAUACGAAGAGAAUAUUAUUUUAUUGAAAAAGUUAAUGAGAACUGAGAAUAUAAAGUUUGAACAAAAAUAUAACGCAUCAAACAUUUUAGAAAAAUUAAAAGAAGUAAAAGAUAUUAAAUAUGAAGAUACGUUGAAUGAAUAUGCAAACAAAUUUUUAGUAUUUUUAAAGGAAUCCUUUGAAAAUGUAGCAGACGAAAUUCAAAUAAAUGACAAAAUAAGUUACAGAAGAAAUGAAUUAAUAAAGCAAGAUUUAAAUUAUAAACUACAAAAUGUGAGUAAUAAUUACAAUUUAGAUUACAUUAAUAUGAACAAAUGCUUAGGAACGGAAGAUUUUGAAAAUCAACUAAAUGCAAGCUUGAAGUUUAACUCUCUAAAGGAUAUUUUAAGUAAACUAUUAAUACAAAUGAAGGAACACGAAAACCACUAUAACAAUUUAACAGAAAUGGAUAAAUUUCUAGAUGUCAAAAUUUAUGAAGUUCAAAAAUUUUUGAACAAUGCUGAGGAGGAAAAAUCGUAA